CAUCGCUUCAAACACCAACCUAUAAGAGUUCAGCAUGAUCACAAGCUGAGGACUCAACGGGCAUCAGAUGGCCAUUAUGAAGACUUUCAGCUACACAAUAAAUGGAAUAAAGGAACAAUCAAUUAUUCUGAAGUAACAAAUCAUACCAGGUAAACACUACUACAGCCAUGCAAAGCAUCCUGCAUGUUGGCAGUGGGAUAAGGGAGGGGCUCAGCAGAAUGGCUGUAGGGUAUUUUCUUCCAUUUAGACUGAGAGCUAAAUGAAGAUACUGGAUGAGCUGGGAUGGUGGAGGAAAUGUUUAACUCUAACUCAAAUUUAUUACUGCACUUAUAUGCAUAAUGCACAUAUGAAAAGAACAUGAUUUGCUAACGAUGAAAAAUCACAGAUUUUUGUCAUUAACGACCAUCACAAGAAAAUUUAUAGGCAUAUACUUUAGCUGUCUUUUAUUGUUACACUGAUGGAAGCAUUUUUGACAUUAAUUGAUAUUAUCCUCACUAAUAGGCCAGAGAGGUAUACAUCUGGAGUGUUUUGUCAAAGCUUUAGUGAUCACUGUAAUAUAGUCUGUGUUCGCAAGGGCACCGCCUUAAGAAACCCUCCUGUGCUCGUUUUCAAACGUUUUUUGAAAAAUUUAAAUGAACAGGCUUUCUUGUAUGACCUGGCUGAUAUGGACUGGUACAGAAUUGGGCUUAUUCCUGAAGUCGAAGAGGCUUGGGCAUAUUUUAAAUUCUUGUUCAGAACUGUUUUGAACAAACAUGCCCCUCUUAAAAAGAUUAGAGUAAAAAACCGUCUUAGCCCUUGGUUCAGUCCAAAUUUGUCUGAGCUUAUUCGCCAAAAGCAUACUUUAUGGCAUAGAGCAAAGACAUCUAAUAAUAUAUCUGACUGGCAAUCAUAUAGAGCUAUAAGAAAUAAAUGUACUCAGUCUAUUAGACAGGCAAAAUUGAGUUAUUUUAAACAUCAUUUGACUGUUAAUGGUCCUGAUCCCCGAAAAUUUUGGAAUACCAUCAAGAAAAUGGAAAAUCAAAACAUUUCUUCCAGUUUGCCUACUGUAAUUAAAUAUGAUGGUGUUGUUAUCACAGAUAAAUCCAAAAUGGUGGAUCAAUUCAAUAGACAUUUUGUCAAUGCUGGUUGUGCCUACGAGAAUAGUUCUGGUACAUCUAGUUGUUCUCCUGUCAACUUGGCAUCUGUUAUUCAUUCACCUGCCUUAGGUCCCCCCUCCUUCUCUUUUCAGUCAAUACAGGAGACCGAGGUACUCGAGGAAUUGCUCAACCUGGAUACUUGUAAAUCUGCUGGAUUGGAUGAAUUAGACCCAUUAUUUUUAAAGAAAGCAGCUUAUAUUAUUGCAGCGCCCAUCGCUUGCAUUUUUAAUCUUUCUCUCCAAACUGGUGUCUUCCCGAGGGACUGGAAAUCUGCUGCUGUAACCCCACUUUUUAAAGGGGGUGAUAACUCAGAUUUAAAUUGUUAUAGACCCAUUUCCAUUUUGCCCUGUCUCUCUAAAAUAUUAGAGAAAUUGGUCAACAAGCAGCUUAUGCACCAUUUGGAGACUUAUAAUGUCCUUAAUCAGGUUCAGUCUGGCUUCAGAUCCGGGCAUAGCUGUAUUACUGCUACACUUAAGGUUCUCAAUGACAUCAUAUGUGCCAUUGACAAGAAGGAGUACUGUGUAGCUGCAUUCGUUGAUCUGGCAAAGGCUUUUGACUCUGUGGACCAUGAAAAAUUGCUGGAUAGGCUAAGAGGAAUAGGACUCUCUGAGAGCUGUCUGGCCUGGUUCAAGAGUUAUUGUUCUGGUCGUUUACAAUCAGUGAGGGUGGAGGGGCUUCUGUCAGAUCCCUUGCCCCUAUUCAAAGGGGUCCCACAAGGAAGCAUAUUGGGGCCUAUACUUUUUAAUAUUUAUGUUAAUGACAUUAUUCUUGAUGCAGGUGAUUCUCAUGUACAUUUAUACGCUGAUGACACUAUCAUUUAUACAUUUAAUUCUUCCCUCACUACUGCACUAUUUUUAUUGCAGGCCAGUUUUACUCGCAUCCAACAUGCUUUCUCUAGUCUUCAUUUAGUUUUAAAUACAAAUAAAACAAAAUGUAUGGUCUUUAACAGAAAUCUUCCACAUGUUGAGUAUCCGCCUAAAAUUUUCACAUUGGAUGGCUCUGAGAUCGAUUAUGUUGAAUGCUAUAAAUAUCUUGGUAUCUGGCUCGAUAGCAAACUGUCAUUUGAAACUCACAUAAAUGUACUGCUCACAAAGGUUAAAACUCGUAUUGGUUUUCUUUAUCGUAACAAAUCUUCUUUUACGCAUUCUUCAAAACAGCUUCUGGUUAAAAUGACAGUGCUCCCAAUUCUGGAUUAUGGUGAUGUAGUUUAUAGGUUUGCUUCAGAAACUCUCCUUCAUAAACUGGAUGUUAUUUACCACGCUGCAAUCCGCUUUGUGACUGGAGCUUCAUUUAACACUCACCAUUGUCACUUGUAUUCUUUAUUGAACUGGUCUUCUCUUCAUUCUCGUAGACAAAUUCACUGGUUUUUGUUUAUUUACAAAACUCUUAUUGGGAAAACUCCGCUAUAUUUACAGUCACUUCUUAAUAUUCAUAAUACAAGUCAUAAUUUGCGCUCUAGUAGUUUUAUUAAUUUCUGCAUACCUAAAGUCCGUACCUCCUUUGGUCGUUCCUCUUUUCAGUUUUCUGCUGCUGAUGACUGGAAUCAUCUGCAGCAGACCUUAAAGCUUAGUUCAUUCAUUUCGCUUACUUCCUUUAAAAAUUUAAUUCAGUCAAUAGUACAGGAUCAUUGUACUUGUUUUUAGUUAUUUGUUUGUUUUUAUGUCACUGUUUAUAAUUGUGUUAUUUGUAAUUGUAUAAUGUCUUUAUUGUUGUACCUGCUUUUUAUGUUGCCUCUUGGCCAGGUCGUCAUUGUAAAUGAGAACUGGUUCUCAAUUGACUUACCUGGUUAAAUAAAGCCUUGGAUGGAACAGCAUGGCUAAAGCUAUAUUUACAGAUCUUAAACACUGUCCAGACAUUGCUGAGUGCAUAUUACAGAAGCAACAGGAAUUGAACAUGUUUCUGGAGAAGAUUGAGAAGGAAAAAACUCAUGAUGCACUACUGUUUGCAUCUGAAAUAUCAUACACCUACAGAAAUAAAGUCAUCCUCAUUUUGGAUAAUGAACCUGAGACCCUUAAGAAAGCUGAUGAUGAGUACAGUGAAGACCCUUACUAUUCUACCAAGGCUAAUAUGACCUGUCUGGACUCUGGCUCAUGUUCUUCAAUGGUCAAAACUGGCACAGUUUUAAAGAUAAUUGGCAGUAACUCAGAAGAUGGAAACACUCUGUCUGGCUACUCUGGAACUUCUCUGGCAUUUCUGAUGAUAAAACUUCAAAUGGCUUCUCUUUUCUCCAUCACUGGUAAUGUCAGCAGCACAUUCCGAAACAACUUCUUAAGGGUUUUCACAGGCUUACGUGGCAUCAGUGCUGUCUUGGAAACCACUAUCCAGAAUGGCCAUGUCUACCAAAUUAUGGAUGACACAGGUGCAAGUGUUGAAUAUCAGGUCCCAGAAAGACCUGUGGACCACAGCACCCAGUAUGACAAACAGCAUAUUCUCAUCAUGCAGGAUGAUCCCAUUGUUCGAGAUACUGCCAGAUUUCUGUAUGAGAAACAUCCAACAGUGAGCUCUGUGUACAUGCUGGAGAAUCAUAGACCCAAACUAAUCAAAGGAGACCCUGGACCACUUUCUGCAGAAAGCCGGCUGGUGCUUGUAGGUCAUGGAAAAAAAGGCACUGAUGGAAAAAUGCAGCUGGGAGGCUAUAAAGCUGAGAAGGUGGCAGAGAUCAUUAAACACAUGAACAUAGAAGAAAACCAGAUCAAAACUACCAGCGUGGUGGCCUGUGAAAUUGGGUCAGAUGAAGCCUUCAGGAACACUCUACUCAAAGAGCUUCAUGCUAGAUCCAUAGAAACAGAACUUCAUUUGAGGAGUUCUUUGCUCCAAGUCACCCACACUGGACAGAAACUUACUGCAGAAAUCACCCCAGAUGGAAUGGUCUGGAAACACAAGGAUGACAACAAGAAAGUAGUAGUCAAGCUGGAUAGAAAUGGUGAAGUUGUCACCCAAAUUCGGUCUGGAAACAGUGAAGAAGCCACUUAUUCAAAUGAAAGGAACAUUUUGGGAGACUUUGAAAAUUCCUGGCCAGAAGAACCAGAGAAAUUUGUACCUGAGAAUUCACGUGAACUCCACACUGAUGACCUUGAAGGUUUAGCUUGGGCUUUUUUCCAACAUCGGAAAGGUGAUGGAAAACAAUCAUUGCAACUAAGGCAUCCAGUUAUGACAGAUGAAAUGCAGUGGACAAUAUAUGAUUUCCAACUAAACCAGGUUUCUGAUCAAAACAGGAGAGAAGAAAAUAAUUGGUUUACUUCUGAAAAUGAUAUUAAAGAUAUUUUAAAUAAGUGCUAUGAAAUUAAGUCUGGUGAGGACAUCCUGAAUGUGAUUACCAACUAUGCAGCUUAUGGGGAAACGGAUCCCACAUAUUUGAUGCUAAAUGACUGGAUUUAUAAAGUGUAUCCAAAGGACCUUUAUGUAUAUCCAGUUGGAAAAAAGCUUAAUACAGAUGAAAAUGUAGAUGAUAUUCAAAACAUUAUUAAAGGACAGUUUAAAAAACAUAGUUAUAGCGACAUUCGGGAAGGAAUAAAUAGUUGUGGGGGAACUAACCACUAUGCACAGUAUGCCAGGGAAAGUUUACAAGGGGUCUAUACAAGAACAAAUUUGAACCCAACUCAAGAGGCAUGGCUUAGCACAAUGUUCGUGGCAUCAGUGAUUUCAGAGUCUUCAAGAAAUUUCAGAUCAUUUCCCAUCACACUGAUGGCUAUGGACAUGACUCUAGACCAAAACACACCAGAGAAAGGCCUUAAAUUUCUUUUAGAGGACCAUCCAAUGACAAAGGGUGGAACCUGGAUAAACACAGAGUACCGGGGAUUUCAUGGGUGUGCACUGCACAAAAAUGUUAAACGGAAAAUAAAUAAACUUAAACGGCUAACAGAGAAAGAGAAUAACAUUGUGAAAACAUGGCUUUCAAUCAAUAACAAAGAAGAAAUUGAUUCACACAUGUUAAAAAAAAUGUUUCUGUUGGUGUAUGGUAAUGGUGAAGGCAAACUGAAUACCUUUGAAAAUUUUAAGAACUCUUAUAAACGUUUCAAAAGUGUAAUAAAGCCUACCAAAGCCAAUACCCCAAAUUCUCCUACCACAUCUGGAGUUUUAGGAGGAUCACAUGAUGGAGCAACUACACUACAGGAUGUGCAUUCAGCUGCUGAGGUAGAGAGUUCCUUAAAGCUUUCCUCAUAUUACUCCAGAUCAUCUGCCAUGCUUGCAGAGCACAUUCACAGUGAACUACAGAAAACAUUUGGUGAGAAGGUGCAGGAGCUUCAUGUGAAAUCAGACAGUGUCAUGAUCCAGGAUGGAGAAUUCCAGUGUGAGCUGGUAGUUGACACAAAUCCACAUGAAAUUAAAAAGUGGAAGCUGCAAUUACCAGAAGAGGGCAAAAUUCAAAUGGAAAAGAUGUGGAAAAGCAUGAAGAAGGUUUCUGAGAUGACUACCACACACACAUCUUCUGGGCAUUUGGAGACAGCAGGACUGAAACUAGGCAUAAUGGGGUUACUGUUGGGAGCACAGGGAGCGGUCCACAUGUUUGAACAGGGAGACAUAGGAAACGGAAUUGUGGCCACUCUACAGACAGUCCAUGGAGUCACAGGAAUGACCCUGGCGGCACUUGGAAAACAGGUUUCUGUUGCUGCAGAAAGCAAAGUAAUGAAGGCCAUAUCAACGGUUUUAAAAAACCCUGCAACUAAACGAGCCCUUGUAGUCUUGCCUAUUGCUGGAAUUGGAUUUGGCAUUUACAACAUUGCAGAGGACAUCAAAAGAGGUGAGACACUGGGUAUGAUUGAUCUAACUUUUGACACUUUAAUUAUUGCACUGGAUGUUGUAGAAAUUGUACAGCCAGAAAUAGCACCUAUCAUUGUUCCAUUCAACCUUGCACUGAGUGCAAUUCGCAUGACUUUUGAUGACAUCUAUCUUGACACCCAGGCUGAGUUAAAUAAGCUUCCACCAAAUGCUACAGUUCUUGACAAGAUUGGAGCAGUUUUCAGAGGACUAGCGGAAGGCGUUUUUCACUUUAUGUUGGAUGUAGGAAGUUUUUUUGUCACCAUUCCUUAUCGUGAGAUUGAGAAUGGACAGAAGCUUGUAGAACAAAUUUCUGACUACCACAAAUAUUAUUCAGAAACAAAAGUGCAGGCUGGGAGAAAGGCCAUUGAUUUCACAGGAGGUGAGAGUUCCUGGAAUGGAGGUAGCAUCACAUUUUGCCUCUCUGAUCACGGAUCUUCAGAUAUGUGCAUGGAUUAUUUUGUGUUUGCUAAUGGAAGCACUGCGAAAAAGUGCUGGUCUAUUGACACAGUUGAUACAGAUGACAUAGUUUUGGGCACUGGGGAGUCACACCAAUUAACAUACAGCAAUGUAAAAAUAAAGAUUUUGUUGUUUAUCCCAGUUGGCUCAGUAAAAGUAAUUUCUGGUUAUGAAGCUCUGACCUAUUCCAGAUAUGGAAAAUACAGUGGAAAUAAUAAAGAAAAUAACUUUUUUGCUGUUCAGAAGAAUAACAACAGUCAUGAAAUGGAGGUCAUGUUGAGCUAUUAUUAUAAGCUUUAUGGGAAAGCAGGUGGUGACACCUUCUACUUAGGACCUCAGAGGACCUACGUGGAAGGUCAGAGUGGAAAAGACAUGUACAUUAUUCCAAAAGAUGGAGGCAUCACUAUCAUUAACAACUAUGAUCCUCUCAAAGCAACAGACCUGCUCAUUCUCAGUAUAAACUAUGAUCAAAUAUCAGUGACCAAAACUGAAAAUGAUGUUGUUUUACAAUUUUGUAAAGACCAUUAUGUGAGGAUAAAAGAAUGGUUUACUGGAGAGACAUACCGUCAUAUAAACAUAAUGUCUGCAGAUGGAGUACUGUUUGAUAUUUCUACAGCUGUAAUUUCCUCUGUGAAACUUGUGGCCAAAGGAGUGAAUGUGAUGUCAAAACCUGCAGGCCAGACAGUAGACACAACUGAGCCCCUUCUUCUCAGUGUGACAAACAUCAUGGGGUCUCCUCAUGAUGACCGGCUGAUAGGAAACGCACAGAAAAAUAUGAUUAAUGGAGGAGGGGGCCAGGAUUAUAUGAAGGGAGGAGAGGGAGAGGAUGUGUAUGUUGUGAAUGAGAAGGAAAAUUCUGGAGUGCAAAUUGAAAACUAUUCCAGGGAUAAAGAAAUGGACAUGAUAAUAAUAGAGGCAAACCUUCAUGCCUUUAAAACUAAAGUAGAAGGAAACAAUUUGAUACUGAUUCCAUUCAGCGAUGACAGGCCUGUCACGCUGAUAAACUGGUUCCGUUCAGAAGAAGACAGGCACUUGUUAGUUGUUACAAAAGAUUUAAUCACCUUUAGUCUAUCUGCAGACAAAACUCUCUGCAGUCAGUCAGACCCAAUACACAGUAAGUGUAUCCUGAGCCAAAGUAUAGAUUACAGUGGGUCCAAACAUCCCCUUGUGAUUGACCUAGAAACAGAUGAGGCCUUUCUAAAUGUUACUGAUUUGCAUGGCUCAAAUCUAAGUGAUGUUAUUAAAGGUAAUGCGCAAGGGAACACAUUAAUUCCAGGAACUGGAAAAGAUUUUCUCCAGGGCCGUGGAGGACAGGACUUGUACAUUGUGAUACCAGGCUAUGGACUUAAAACCAUUGACAACUAUUCACCAGACCUGGUUCUUGAUACACUUUUCUUAAAAACAGACUAUGAGUUAAUUACAGUCAAAUGUUUUGGUCUAGACCUUAACCUCUUAGUAAAUGAGAGCAAGGAAGUCCGGUUAAAGGCCUGGUUUAAUUCAAAGAUGUCACAACACCUGCAGGUUCGUACAGCAGAUGGAGUCAUUUUCAGGCUGCAAUCAAAUUUAAGCAAAUGUUUGGAUCAUAUAAAGCUUCCACAGUCUGUUGAUUACAGAAAUAGGGAAUCAGACCAGAAAAUGCUGAUGAAUACCAGAGAGUUUCUUUCUGUGGAGGAAAUGUAUGGGUCUCCUGGUUUUGACACCAUGACCGGGAAUGAUAAAGACAACCUGCUGGACCCCUUCACUGGGGGAGGGAUAAUGAUAGGUGGAGAAGGGAAGGAUACUUACAUUGUAAAGCCAGAAUAUGGAACUCGGAUAGAGAUUGAUAACUUUGCACAUGAUGAAAAGGAAGAUACUGUGCUGUUUCAGUCAGAAUUUCUGAGCACUCCAUUCACAGUUUAUGGAGAAAACGAUGAUGUGAUCAUUUCAGCCAAUAAUAAAGGGCAAAACAUGAUGGUCAGGCUUCAUAAUUACAGAGCAGGACGAAAACACCAGCACCUAAGCUUCCAGAGUGCUGAUGGAGUGCAUUUCUGGGUGAGAGCUCCAAUUGUUAAUCAGUCUGAAGUCCUCCAGUAUCCUUGGAUUGAGGCUUUCAAAGUGGUUCUAAAAGACAAACAGUUAGACUGCUACAUAGAUUUGAGUUCUCAGAAAAACCUCUCUACUGUCUACACAGUUCAGGGUUGCUCUUAUCAGUCCAAUCACAUUCAAGGAAAUGAUCAGGACAAUGCCCUGUUUGGUGGGAUGAAGCAUGAUGUUCUAGAUGGAGGUGAUGGGCAUGACAUUCUGAUGGGUGGGCAGGGAAAUGACAUCUUACUUGGGAGCACAGGAAAUGACACGCUGUAUGGAGAAGAUGGAGAUGACACCUUGCUGGGAGGUUCAGGCUGGGACAGCUUUAUUCCAGGCCCAGGAGCAGAUGUGAUGGACGGGGGCCCAGGCCGAGACACAGUGCUCUAUCAGGGGGAUCAUGGAAAAGGUGAAGGAGUUUAUGUCAGCCUGCUGAGUGGAGAAGGCCACCAGGCCGACGCUGAGGGAGAUGUACUGAAAGACUUGGAAAACGUGAUUGGCACUAUCUACUCUGACAUCCUGGUCUCUGGUUAUGAGCCUGCUCUUCUUAAAGGGUCAGAUGGAGAUGAUGUUCUUGUGUCUGUAGCAGAAGGGGACUACCUGAUUGGUGGAGAGGGAAGAGAUAUUUACAUGGUGGUUCCCCACCAUGGUUGGAUCACCAUUGACAACUGUGCUGAGGACAAUGCCAUGGACAUCUUAUACCUGCCUUCUGUGACAGAAGGUUCUGCUGAGUGCAAAGAUUCAGGCCUGCACCUGAAAUUCCCCUUGGCUGAUAGCACUUUCAUGGGUAUAUUCCUCAAAGACUGGGUUAAGAACAGCCAUAAAUGUGGCCAUCUGAUUUUGAUCAUGCCUGAAAACGUAGUUCUGGGUUGAGACACUU